AUGCAUUAAAACGAAAAAAAACUCAUAGUUUGCGUAACAGGUGCUGCAGGUCAAAUAGGUUAUGCAUUCUUACCCUUACUUUUGACAGGUUAAUGUUUUGGUCCUAAUACUAAAAUAAGUUUACGUCUUUUGGAUAUUCCUUAAUGUGAGUAAAUACUAAAAGGAGUUGAAUUGGAAUUAUAAGAUGGGGCUUAUCCUUUACUUGUAGAUGUAAAUUCAGGUUCAAACCCAGAAGUAUUAUUUAAGGAUGCUGAUGUUGUCGUAUUUAUAGGAGGAGUCCCAAGAAAACCUGGAAUGGAAAGAAAAGAUUUACUAAAAAUAAACGGUACAAAUUUUAUUACUUAAGGAAAAGCUCUAGAUUAAGUAGCCAAGAAGACUUGUAAAAGUAUAGUUGUAGCAAAUCCAGCGAAUACAAACUGUCUUUUAUUAGCUGAAACUGCAAAAAGUAUUCCUAAAUAAAACUUUAGUGCUUUAACUAGACUUGAUCAUAAUAGGGCAUUAGCCUAAAUUGCUGAAAAAUGUAAAGUUAAUAUUAAUAAUGUCAAAAACAUUAUUAUUUGGGGGAAUCAUUCUACAACUUAAUAUCCAGAUGUUAAUCAUGGAUAAGUUAAUGGUUAAAAUAUUAGAUCAAUAGUUAAUGAUGAUUAGUAUUUGAAUACUGAAUUUAUAUAAAGAGUUUAAAAAAGAGGGGGUGAAUUGCUUGCUUUGAGAUAAAAUUCAUCUGUUAUGAGUGCAGCUAAUGCGGUAAAAGAUCAUUUAUAUGAUUGGUAUUUUGGAACUAAAUAAGGGUAAUUUGUAUCUAUGGCUGUUUAUUCGAACGGAUAAUAUUAUGGGGUGCCGGCUGGUUUAAUUUAUUCUUUUCCUGUUACUUGCGAAAAUUUUGAGUUUAAAAUUGUUGAUGGAUUAAAUAUUGAUGAUUUUUCGAGAUAAAAAAUGAAUUUAACUACUUAGGAAUUGUAAGAAGAAAAAAAUGAUGCAUUUUAAUGAUUAUUUUUUUAUUUCUUUUUUUUUUUGUUAUUUUAACUUUUAAAAAAAUAAUUUUUAAUAAAAGAAUAUAAAAUAC